AUGCUUAUUCUUGUGGUGAAUGCCAUCGUAGUCAUCGUAACGCAUCAACACAGGUGGGUGGUCUCGCGACGAAUCCUGUUCUGUGCAGCAUUGUCCUACUGUUUUCGAGCUGUCUGCAUAACAAUAUUCCAGGUGCCAGUCCCAUCAGUUCACACUUACUGUGCUCCAAAAAGCAAUGGAUCAUGGUAUAUCGUGUCGGCUCGUGUGGCAAGAAUGUUCUGGAGCGCCGGAAUCGAGCAACUACGUCCUCGAGAACUUUGCGGCGAUCUGAUUGUAUCCGGUCACACGCUAACAAUUUUCACAUCCUUCUAUACCUUUAAAUAUUAUGCACCAAAGAAGUUGAAGCCCCUUUCGCAUAUGUUGAAUAUGUUGGCUGUCAUGGCUGUAUUGGCUAUUCUCUUUGCUAGAAAGCAUUAUACAAUCGAUGUUCUCCUAGGGUAUACGGUAUCCACAAGAGUUUUCAUGGAAUACCAUGCUCUAAUGGUCUCAUAUCAUGAAAAUAGCCUGGAAAAGAACAUACUGUCGUGGUCAUGGUGGGCAAAAGUGGUGCCAUACUUUGAGAAAGACGCUCCACCACCUCAUCUCUUUCACAAUCGACUCGAAUGGCCCAGCAGUUGUCCGCAGAAGAUGCGUCGUCGACUUUACUGA